AAAAAAAUAGAAAUUGUCACGUGCUUGCCAGGCCAAACGACGAGAGAUGGGAUGCUGCGGAAGCAAGCCUCCAGUGGACAAGGACAACCAAGAUGCAUACAGAGAGCACCACCAGGAGUACCUGUAUAAGGAGCGCGAUCCAUCCGUGAACACGAAGCGACAGCGAGCCGCGGAAGCUGCAGAGCGGCGUGAACAAGACUUUCGUCAAGGUGGGGCUGGCGAAACAAGCAAGACGAAGGCACUUGCUUUGCGACGUGAGAAGGACGAGUUGGUGGGCAAAAUCAUGGAAGUGUAUGUGUCGUUGAAGGAGGACCCACCGAUUGGAUUGAACGCGUGCGAUGUGGACCAGCUCAAGGAUCAUCUUGUGAAGAUCAAGAAGAAGAAGGAAGGGAGACGAAAGGCGUCCGUUUGAGACCUCUCCAUGGCAUCUCCAUCCAGCUGGCUUCUGGACCCUAGCCAUCGCUGUUAAGGGUGCAAUGCAAUAUGGCAUGUAUUAUUAAUCAAUGCUUUGGUAACUUCGAGUGCGCUGCUUGCGAACUUUUCGCGCGACAAACAAUGCUACGACGAGUACCAGCCCAAACACAGUCACCAUGACGAAAGUGUCGGUGCUGGGAGGUCCAAAGCGUCGGUUGGUUGCAUCGAGCGCCAGGGGCUUGUCAUCUCCAGCGUGCGGGUUUUCGUCGUGGGGAUGUCCUUCCACAUCGUUGUUGCGUCGGUUUCCUCGAUGACCGGUCUCACCGCGCCACCGUCCCUGGAGGCGAGGUUGUCCGCCACCAUCGCCGUCUUGGAUACCUUGGUCGCGCUGCUUGUCCUUUCGCCCACCAUUGACUGUGUCGCCUUCGCCUUUCACCUGCUCGUCGCCUUCGUGUUCUAGAUCGUAGUGCGACUUCUUCUUGAUUUUGCUCUCUGCAUUUACACCUGCAGCAUAUUGCGCCCGCACUUCGUGGUCCUUACGCACCCGCUUUUCAAGGUUCAACAAGCGAUCUUCAAUCGCUUGCAGAUCUUCUUCCUUCACGCGACGGAGGGCGCCCCGACGGUUGUCUGCUACGUCGGUCAUCGUGUUUGUCUGAAUGGCAAAUGCGCGACUGGCCUGGCAACCAUCACCUUCCCUGACAGUCCGCCAUGUUGAUCCAACAACUGCAGAAGUUCUAAAAAU